AUGAUCCAGGGAGAGUGCAUGGUACUUGUGUUACUUCACUUAAACCUUAUAACAACCAGCAUCAAGGGUUUAGAUCCUCCUACUGGCCAGCAGGAAAACAAAAAACAAAAACCUUAUAACAAGCCUCUGUGGGGUUCAGCUAUUGCAAAAAUAAUUGGCAGUAAUGUCAAGAAACUUCAGAAGUUUGCCUCCACAGUCAAGAUGUGGGUCUUUGAAGAAACAGUAAAUGGGAGAAAACUGACAGAUAUCAUAAAUAAUGACCAUGAAAAUGUAAAAUAUCUCCCUGGACACAAGCUGCCAGAAAAUGUGGUUGCCGUUGCCAAUCUCAGCGAGGCUGUGCAGGAUGCAGACCUGCUGGUGUUUGUCAUUCCCCACCAGUUCAUUCACAAAAUCUGUGAUGAGAUCACUGGGAGAGUGCCCAAGAAAGCGCUAGGAAUCACCCUCAUCAAGGGCAUAGAUAAGGGCCCCGAGGGGCUGAAACUCAUUUCUGACAUCAUCCGUGAGAAGAUGGGCAUCGACAUCAGUGUGCUGAUGGGAGCCAACAUCGCCAACGAGGUGGCUGCAGAGAAGUUCUGUGAGACCACUAUUGGCAGCAAAGUAAUGGAGAAUGGUCUUCUCUUCAAAGAACUUCUGCAGACUCCAAAUUUUCGAAUUACUGUGGUUGAUGAUGCAGACACUGUUGAACUUUGUGGUGCUCUUAAGAACAUCGUCGCCGUGGGAGCCGGGUUCUGCGAUGGCCUCCGCUGCGGAGACAACACCAAAGCUGCCGUCAUCCGCCUGGGACUCAUGGAAAUGAUUGCUUUUGCCAGGAUCUUCUGCAAGGGCCAGGUGUCCACAGCCACCUUCCUAGAGAGCUGUGGGGUGGCCGACCUGAUCACCACCUGCUACGGAGGUCGGAACCGCAGGGUGGCCGAGGCAUUCGUCAGAACUGGGAAGACCAUUGAAGAAUUGGAGAAGGAGAUGCUGAAUGGGCAGAAGCUCCAAGGACCUCAGACUUCUGCCGAAGUAUACCGCAUCCUCAAACAGAAGGGACUAGUUGACAAGUUUCCAUUGUUUACUGCGGUAUAUCAGAUCUGCUAUGAAGGCAGACCUGUUCAAGAGAUGUUGUCUUGUCUCCAGAGCCAUCCAGAGCAUAAAGGGAAUCAUGCAACAUGAUGGGAAAAGUUUUGCCUUUCCAGUUGGUCUUUGGUGUUCACAUGGAAACCAGGACUUGACAACAAGAUUUUUACUGGACUAUAAUCUCAUAAUGGAUGUGUAUGAAUUUUUGCAGUUUGUUUUUGAAUUGUGAGGGGUGGUCAUUGGCUAAGACGUACUGGGCAACAGCUAAACACACAUGUGAACGUGUGAGUGUGUGUUUAUUUCUCAUUCUGUGGAUAUUUCUAUGAAUCAAAAUUAAAUGUCAUUUAAAAAAAUUGCUUUUGAAAUUUCCCCACUAUGAUAGCUUAUAGGAUUGGAACUAUCUCAGCUCAGUUUUUUUGAUGUAAUUCAUAUGUAUUUGAGUGGAGGAAUUUUUUUUUCUCAUUCUUUUGAUGUUAAAAUGUAACCAGCAUUAACGUGGUAGAGUGGAGGAGUGAAUGUGUUCAAAGAUCAACAUAUUUAACUUUUAAACAGUAUUUCAAAGCCAGCAUAAUUAACUACUUCGAUUGUAGGUUGAUCUUUUUUUAAAUAAUUAGAUAUUUUUAAUUAGAUAAUCUACUUAUGUAUUUUCCUCUCACUGCAGUGUUCUGCAUUUUUAGCUUCUUUUCUCUUCAUUAGCUGCCAGAAUGUGCUUUGUGAAGGCUCAGCAGUGGCAGAAGACAGAAAACUCAUCUGGGAUUUCCCUGCUGUGACUGACACUCUUCUGAUUAACAACAGACACUUUAUGAUGCUUUUUGUUAGGUAGUACUUUUUUGCAAACAUUUCUCUUAAGCCUCACAGAUCCCCUGAAGGGGGGCUGCUGUUAUUCCUCUUGUAAGAUGCAGUCCCUGCACCUAGUCACCUGGUGAGUAGGGCCAGGGCCAGGAGUCAAGUGCAUCCAAGGUGUGGGACCUUCUAAGACAUCACAGGGCUGAUUUGACCUCUGGCUAACUGGUUGUGGCAAACGCCACGUGCAACCUUUCCUGGGGCUUACAGGAGGGCUUUUCGCAGGUGAGAUUUCUGUGGGUCAUUGUCUCAGUGGGUGCACUCCAAGUGUGGUCCUCAGUCCAGCAGCAUCACCAUCACUUGGAAUCUUUUAGAAAUGCAGGUCCCAGGUCCCACUGCAGAGCUCUGAAGUGGUGUGGUAUCUGUGCUUCUGCAUGCCUUCCAUGUGUUUCUGUUGCUCACUACAAUUUGAGAACCACUACUUUAGAAAACUUACUUUAGCUUGGCAUUCCUCAAACUGUGUUCUGUAGGAAAGGAGUAUCCUGGGAUCCAGUGGUUAUUUCAGGUGUUCCCUGGAAAGGUCAAGCGAGGGUGGGAAAGCUGCAUCUAUACACACCUCUUGAAGGUGUAUAAUGUACAAGGGCAUCAAAAAGUUCAUAGAAAAAUAGUUAAAAGGUAAUACACAUCUUUCCAUGAACUUUUUGAAGUGCCUUUGUAUGUUAGUAUGUCAGUGGAACCUGUUUACCCAGCAUGUUAAACACAUUAGGCUAUGGAGAAUGGGGACAAGGAAACUUGAACACUUUUCUAGGCUGAGGUGACCUUAGGACAACUAAGUACACUCUUUACUCCCUGCAAGAAAUUAUGAUGAAUACUGCCUAUGGUAUUGUUAGUUCUGAACUUUUACAGUUCAUGUCUGCCACGAAUCUUUGAAGCUUUAAGGUGAUGCUGGCACAUACAACUAAGUAGAUGUCAACCCUGCUGAAACGCACAUUAUGUGAAAUAAGUGCUUUUAAUUCUAGAAUUAGAAUGGGAAAUACUGUACCUUUUAAGAUGAGAUUGGUUUCAGAAUAUCAUUACACAGUUACCUUCCAUAGCACUUGAUGAGUGUUAAAGGAACAUGAAUGUCACUUAUAUAUUCAUGGAGUUUUAGUUCUUGAGAUUUUUGCCACUGCCCUGCCCCCACUCCCUGGCACCCCGGUUUGGGUGGUUUUUUUCCUUCUAUACCUGAAAUGAUUGUAGAAUAGACUUUUGAGGGAAUUUUAAAAACUCCAUCCAAAACAUUUUGGGGGGCAUUUUAAAGUCCCAUAUACAAAACUAUGUGAAAGCACACAAAAUGCUAUAAAUUUCAGUGGUUUUAGUGCCACUGUUAAAUUAAUCAAUUUUUGUUUGUCUCAUGAUAAAUCUUUUAAAAAGUUUGUACAUAGGUAACAAAGAGUUACUUUUUAAGAUAAAUAAAGGGCUGUAAGCUAAUUGUGGUGUCUAUUAAGUAGGAUAAUGAGAUGAGAGAAAUUAGGAUUUUGAGUGUCUUGUAUAUUCUCAUCUUCACACAGCUUCCUACUCUGGGUUUUGUACUUGAGUGUUUUUUCUUUACAAAUGUCCUUCUACCACUCUGAAGUCUGCUGAUUGUACCCCUUGAACAUACUUAUAAUAUCCUGCACAUUAUGGAAAAAGGUAAAUUUUUUAAAUAAGUUUAUGCUCUGCUAACUGUAGAUAUUUAUUACUCUGCGAGUUACCUAUUUUUGUAACCACCUGUGGUCUGUCAUUUAUUUUAAUUCACAUUUCUUACUAAUUAUGGUAAAAGGGAGGGAGACACCUAGAUUAGAAGUUUUAUUUGUACUAUUUCAGCCAAUCUAUGAAUGUAAAAACUACACUGUUGCCUUGCUAUAAUUCACCCUAUUAUAAUGUACAAAUAUCUGUCUUGAAAUCCACCUUUGGAAAUGGAGUCGAGCUAAAUUUCUGGUGUUUCAUUUAACUCAACUAUAACACGGCCCCGCGGCGUUGGUCUAAGGAGGAGGGUGUUGUGUUGAGGUGCCAGUGUCCAAAGGGAACUUUAGUUUUCUACUAGUUCUAAUAUGUUAUCCUUUUACUUACAUGUGUACUGUAUUUGUUUACAGACUGUAGGUGGAUAUAUAAUUUAAAAGCUUGGUUUAAUAAAUAUCUAACUCUCCAAA